AUGCAGGGGCUCCUCCUCUGCUGCCUUGUAGCUCUGGCCACAAGUCAAAGUGUCCUUUAUGAGAUCGUCCUGAACCCGAAUAAAACAUACCAGUACAAAUAUGUGGGAGCCGUGAAUUUUGGACUCGGUAUGCCAAACCUCGCUGAGUCUGGAGCGAGGAUCUCCUGCAAGAUCAAGAUCGUCGGUGUGUCGGAGAAAACUUUCCUCCUUCAGGUUUCAGAAGUGGCCUUUGAAGAUUUCAAUGGUUUCCCGGGAAAAAACAGCUUCAAAGCCUCCCCAAAGCUGACCCAGCGAAUUGCCUCUCAGUUCGUCAAACCCUUCAUGUUUGACUACGACGGUGGACACGUUGGUAACAUCCGCACCUCUGUUGAGAUUUCUGACACUAUUGUCAACAUCGUGAGAGGGAUACUGGGUUUGUUCCAAGUGACUUUAAAAACCACACAGAGGAUCUAUGAGCUUGAAGAGGCUGGCAUCCAUGGCCAGUGUCAGAGUAAUUAUGCUACUGAAUUAAACGCGGAAACAAAGGACAUGACCAUCACCAAGGUCGUGGAUGUCAGUAACUGCAGGGAGAAGGCAGCCAUCUACAGAGGAUUGGCUGCCGCCGUGCUCAACCAAGUUUCCCAACAGAGAGGGGAAUCUAUCAUUUCAACAGUGAGAUGUGUUUACACAGUCAAGCCAACAGCAGAGGGAGGUCUCAUUACCAGGGCUCAUGGCCAAGAGCAACAGCACUUCAGUCCCUUCAACGUGAAGGGCGGCAACUUCAAGAUGCAUGCGACGAACGAAAUGGUGCUGCUCGGCGUGAGUGACACAGUGAGAGACGUCACGUUUGGGUCAAUGGAAAGCAAGGGGAACCUUGUUUUCAAGUUUGUCAAUGCGGAAGGCAAUGUGCCCAUUAUGAUGCAGAACCUGGACAACCCAGUACCAAAGGCUGCUGAGUUGAUCAAACAUCUGGCUGAGGUCAAUCGGUACCACAUUGACAGCGCGACAUCCGAAGACACUAUAAAGCUGUAUCAACUCCUGCGAGUGAUCCCUUAUGAAGGAUUAGAAGCUUUGUGGAAGCAAUUUGCAGGAAAUGAAGAGCAAAGACGUUGGUUUUUGGACAUGAUUGUUGAAGUCAGCGAUGCCAGAAUCCUGAAGUUCCUGGAAACCAGGUUCCAGGCUGGAGAUGUGUCCACAACUGAAGGUCUGCAAACCCUGUUGUUGGCCAUCAACCACCUCCAGGCCAUUCCUGAUCUGGUUGAGAUGGCUAAAAUGUUCCUGAACAUGCCCUUCAGUAAAUCCAAUGUCUAUUUGUGGCAUACUGUGGUGCUUUCCUAUGGCUCUCUGGUUUACAAGCACUGUGCCUAUUACACACCGUGUCCUGUGACUGCUGUUCAGCCGCUGCUUGACAUGGCCUUGGAAAGUCUGAGGACUGGCAACCAGGCCGACAUGGUGAUCGCUCUUAAAGCUCUGGGGAACGCAGGUCAUCCAGGCAGCAUUAAAACCAUCAUGCGCUUCCUCCCCGGAGUCGCUGCCACGCCUGUGGAGCUGCCACCCCGUGUGCUGAGUGCCGCUGUGCAGUCUAUGAGACUCAUAGCUGCCAGAGACCCCCACAGCGUCCAAGACAUCACCCUGAGUCUGUUCCUGCAGAAGGACCUUCCCACUGAGAUUCGCAUGCUGGCAUUCAUGAUCCUGUUUGACACUAAACCAUCAAUGGCCCUGGUGUCCACAGUGACUGUUCAUCUACAGGAGGAAAAAGACCUCCAUGUUGUUAGUUUUGCAUACUCCUACUUGAGUAGCUUUGCUCGAUCCAGUACUCCAAACAACCACUUCCUCUCAACUGCCUGCAAUGUGGCCGUGAAAAUCCUGGCCCCUAAAUUUGGCCGUCUCAGCUAUCACUACAGCAAAGCGAUGCACAUGGACUGGUUUAAUGAUGAUUUCUUAAUAGGUACGGCCGCAGAAGUCUUCAUGCUUAGAAGUGCAACGAGCGUCUUUCCUACUGAAAUCAUGAUGAAAGGGAAAUUUUAUUUUAUUGGUAGAAUUCUGCAGCUACUGGAGUUGGGUAUCCGCGCUGACGGACUCAGGGAGCUGCUUGGUAGCAACAUGCCUGGUUUUAAAGGAGAUCUUAGUUUCACUGACUGUCAGGCUAUUCUCAAUGUGCUUCAAAACUGGGAAAUUCUGCCCAAUGAUAAGCCCGUCCUCACUGCCUUUUCACGGGCCUCCGGACAGGAGUGGUUCUUUGCCGACCUCAACAAAGAGACCAUCGAGAACCUCAUCAGGGCCGUCAGUCUCUCUGCAGGGAAAGAGAGUCCUCUUUGGGCCAUGAUUGAGAAUCUACAGAGGGGAGUGUCAUGGCAUCGGACAAAGCCGUUCUUAAUCAUUGAGGUUCGCUACUUCCAAGCUACCAUCCUGGGUCUCCCACUGGAGAUAAGCAAAUAUUAUGAGACCAUCAAUGGGAUCAGUGUAAAUGCCAAAGCUUCAGUAAAUCCACCACUGACUGAACGUCUUGGACAACUGUUGACUUCUGAAAUUUCCCUGGAGACUGAUGGUUUUAUUGGUUUUACAAAGGAUUUCUGGGUUUACUACGGAAUCAACACAGAGUUUUUCCAAUGCGGUUCAGAGUUUAAGGCCAAAACACCUCUUGCAAUCCCGUGGAAGUUUGCUGUCAAGAUCAACGUUGCAGAAAAAAAGUUUGAACUCGACUUCCCUCCAUGCAAAAAAGAGUUUGAACUCCUUUCAGUCAGCUCCAAUGUGUACGCAGUCACCAGGAACAUUGAAGAGCCAGAUUUGGCUAAAAGGACUCCAAUCAUUCCCAACGCUGUUCACUCCAAUCAUGAAGUUGUCCCCAUGGACCCCACAGUCGUGAGACCUGAGACAGAUCAGCUCCUGACACCAAACACCUGGCACCCAAGAGCCAAAAUGUGUGCCGAGAGUAACAUUUAUGGGGCAGGUCUGUGUAUGGAGUCUGAGUUAAGGAGAGAAUACUAUCAUGAGGAAUACCCCCUGUACUACUUCCUGGGAUACACCAACAUGGUAUUCAAAGUAGUCCCAGCCCAGGCAAUCCAAGCUGUUGACAAAAUCCACUUUGAGGUUAAUGCCGGCCCAAGCACACAUCCAGCCAACGCACAACAACUGCUUGAGACUCUCAGGAGGCUAUCCAAGGAAGCCACCCAGCGAGUACGUGUGUCCUCUGAUUCAGCCCCAAGCGACUUGAAUUCAACACCACAAGCUGUGUUCAAUGUCAAGGCCUUCGCCAUGAGUGGCAACCAGAAGCCAGAGGGUUACGAUGCAGCCUUCUACUACACGCCCGAGGCAAACAUGCAAAAUGCCCAGCUGAUUGUGUCCCAGGUUGGAGAAGACACCAACUGGAAGAUGUGCGUCGACACCACUGUGGAAGCCCACGUCGAGGCAAAGGCACACAUUAGAUGGGGAGCUGAAUGUCAGUCUUAUGAAAUGUCAAUGAAAUCUGCAACUGCACAUCUGCCUGGCUCCAAGCCGACAAUCAAGGCCAAAAUACACUGGACCAGGAUCCCGGCGAACGUGGCCGAGAUUUGCACAAGAUUUGAAAGCUACGUCCCAGGUAUGACUCUCCUUCUCGGCUUCUCCCAGAAACAUGAGAGAAAUGCCAAGCAGGAGGUUUCUGCAUCAGUUGUUGCUGCCUCAGCAGACAGCAUCGAUGUGAAGAUUGAAUUCCCAGAGUAUACAGUCUACCGCCAGGCUAUUCCAUUUCCACUGCCACCUGACAGCUUCAGGAGUUUCAACAUCACAUCAGGAAACACAAUGAUAGACAGCUUUGGACGUGUAUAAAAGCAUAAAGACAACAAAGCCCAGAUGGGAGCCAGAUGCCUCUUUUCACAGUGAUAACUCUGCAACCAAAAAUCACAACCGUGAUGAAAGUGGGGAUCAUAAAAGAUGCAUCAGUAAUCCGUCUGAUGUCACCAGUUUGGAGAUAACCUGUAAAGGUCCUGAUUUAUUCAUUAUGAAGCAUGUUAAUAUUUGAACUCCAUCUUUUGAGAGAACAUUGUGUAAAUUCAUGCUUAUGUCCCAAAAUAUUGUGUCUUCAUAAUUGAUUUACUAAAACUUGUUUCAGCAAGUUUUGUUCUUUUGCUCUGAUUCUGUCAAUUAAAAUUAAAAUACAAAUGUUUUGUUAAAUCUGUGUAACCCACGGUUACAAUGCAGAGCAGCCAUAGCAAAAUUGAAUGAGUCUCCACCACCAAAUUCUUAUUCUGCGUAUUAAUGCAUUACGAAAGAUUAAAGAGUUUCAAUAGACCUUUUCAUGAUAAAUAAUUAGGAACCAAAUGAUUAAUAUAUGGUAUAAUACUAACUGAGAUGUAAUCUAAGUUCAUCAAUGAAUAUCACACAAUAUUGUUAAGUUAGAAAAUGAUGAGCAGUACUGAUGAAAUCCCUGGAAAUCCAGA